UGGUAGGCCUAACGCCAAGGCUUUGUUGGCUACCAGUCCUCACAGAACUACCGCCUCAAGACUAGUUCCCACACGACUGGCCUUUCGAUGACAUGUGCACCAAAAGUGUCGUUCGUUUUCGCUUUUCACUUAAAGAUAACUGCGAGACAUUAGACCUGAAUCUGAGCGACAAAUCCAUCGAAACCAUCGAAAGCCAAUCGAAAUAUCUGUCGACUAUCUGUUCCAUCCGAUCGACAAUUGGAGUGAAAACUAAUAACCAAUUGAUUACCGAAAACCUUAAUAUGAAUAAAGGGCUCCAAAACGGCCAUCAAUUGAAUGACAGCUUUAUUGAUAACAAUUUGGACAUUAACUCUCUCACCACUACCACCACUAGUUCUUCGAGUACCUCAUCAAUAGUGAGCACUUGUGUUGACAGUAUUGGUACUUCUUGUGAGCCGACAAUGGGUUUAUCAAACGCCUCCUCCAAAGACAACUUUCCUCAACAAAUACUUUUGAAUUCAUUGAAGUCCGGGAAACCCGAAAACGGACAGCGGAUCCAUUUAUACGGUUUGGAUUAUCACCUCAACAAUACCAAUACCAACAAAACCGAUGAGGACACACAUGAGCCACAAAUCCACACCAAUAGUGUCAAUCAAAUGGAAACCAAUUGUUUCUCUCAAAACUCUCCACUCAAUGACCAAACGGUGGAUCAAAUGAUUGAAGAAGUUCUCAAUAAAAGUCAAUCACAAGUGAGUGAAGAAUUGACGACUCAAUCAAUUCUUGAGAACAAUUCGAGUGAAGAUCAACACAACGAGUCGUCUUUCACUCCACAGCCCGUCGACCACUCGACAGACCACACGAAUGAGGGUCUGGAGAGUGGAGGCAAUGAAGCGGUGAAUGUGGAGUUGGAAGCGAUUGAUGUUCGCGAAGAACACAUGUCUUUAGUGCGACAAACAGAGCGACUGAUGCGACGGAUCAGACGUCUUCAGUUCAGACAAACGCACAAACAUUUGUCUCAACAAAUGAAAGCAUUUGUCAAAAACCAACAAAACGUUUUGGGAAUCGGAUGUCAGAGACAGCCCGACCUCCAGACCCCUUCUGUGACUCCACUUCAAUCUCAUUCGAAUCAAGUCGAGGAUCGGAUGAAACUCCUGACUCCAGAGGGUGUCAAAGGAUUGUCGACAUCAGCGCUCGUCAAUCUCGUCAAGAGGUUGGGCUCAACGACCACUCCUAAUGAGUCCAACCAUUUGCGUGACUACUAUCCACAACAAACACCUAUUCGACCACAACUACAAACGCCAUCAAUCACUCCGAGCCCCCAAUCAUCCAGUGUUUUACCUCAAGGACCCCAAACCCCCACCACUGCGACCCAACACUUCCCCCAUUCUAGUGAAAAGUCCUCUUUAGUUAAGUUAUUACAGAAAAGUCAAUCCCAGUCCUCAUCACAACCACAACACUCGGAAGAGAAGGACGCCAUUCUCAACACUAUCGACACCUUGUCCUCUAACUUAAGACAUUUCGAGAGUAGAUUUGAUUCCGACGCCACUGAAAGCAGUUCCGGAGGAGAGAGUUGUGAUGAACUGGAAGACUAUAGUGAAGAUUCAGUGCCACAACAUUCGACUCCCAUUCAGAGCACUGGACAUAUGUUUCCAAUGCGGAAGAGGUCGUGUUGGAAGUGGUGUGUGGAGAGGGCGGCCAUAGCCUCGCGGUGGACAUGGCUUCAGGCACAGGUAGCAGAUCUGGAGUUUCGGAUUCGGCAGCAAAACGAAAUGUAUCGACAAUUAAGGGCUACUAAAGGGCCGAUAUCUUUUGGCACCAGUGACCACAACCUCACUGUUCCAACGCCUGUAGUUUGUAAAGCAAACGGAUUGACUUGUGUGACAACUAAUGCUGUUAACGGACAGCCAUUGCAAACACAAAGCCAAGUGACGGGUGAAGUGUCGACAACCACUGAAAGUGAUAGUCAUUACUGUAUGCGAACUCUUCCGAUGAAUAGUAUGCGAAAACGAAAACUAGUCCACAGUAUGAGUGCUCUGUCGGGCGCCACCAGAAAAGCUGCUAAAUAUUCGACGAUUCAGUGCUCGUGCAAUGGUUUGCCGGACAUGAUGUGGCCCUGUGUCCUAUGCAAUGGCCGCUAUAGCUAUGUCCAUGUCAUCGACACCGACUCCAUGCCUCACUUCGAAAGGGUAGCCCUACUCGACUCGGCCUGUCAUCCCGUGCUCUCACUAAACAAUGGUAUG